GGUUGGAGAACUCCCAAACUCAUUCCCCAUUUACAAAGGAACCUAAGAGCAUCUUAGUGCUUCUGGCGUGUUUAUGUUCUGAAACUGGUGGAUAACUGAGGUAGGGUACUUGUUCAGGGUCUUAACAACCCACUCCUCCCAUCCUACCUUUGAAGUCUAAGAACAGGGGACAUUCUUGCCAUUGCUGCUUGUCCCCUAUUCAGAAGGUUGGGGGUAGCCUGUGGGGCGACUUCUCCCAUAAUAUACUUUGUCGACCCAGAUCCUUGUAAAGAAACUACAUUCAGCCCCAUGUAGGAGAGAGAAGAGUGGGUUGAAUGUAGGACAAGGUAACUAAAGUGAAAGCAGCCCUUCUGUUUUGGAAGCGGGUAAGUUGAGGUUUAGACUUAGGGGGUUUUGGAGGAUUCCCCCCUCUUUUCAAGCACAGUGGAGAAGGAAUGCCAAACCCAGAGAGACAUGGGGGUAAGAAGGAUUCAGGAGGAGGGGGGUCCUUGUAUCAAGAAGCAGUGUCCAGCAGUGGCAGUUCAAACAGCAAAGAGAGGCACCGACUCUCCAAGCACAAACGACACAAGUCCAGGCAUUCCAAAGACUCACCGAUGGGGGCCCAAGAAGCUGGAGCACCGCUCGGCAGCAUGAUCAAGCCAUUGGUGGAAUAUGAUGAUAUCAGCUCUGACUCGGACACCUUUUCAGAUGAAGCAGUCCUCAAGCUGGAACACAGGGAGAAUGAUGAGAGAAAAGGGACAUCAGAAAGGAGUGACCGGCUACACAGGCAUCGGCAUCAUCAACACAAGCGAGUCCGUGAGUUGAUGAAAAGCAAGCUGGUAGACAAAGAGAAGAGGCUGGAUAGGAACCAAGACUCCUCAGGCAAGUUGAGUUCCACUAAAGAAAAGGUGUCGGGGGCCUCCAAAAAGCUGCAUGAGGAGAAUGAUGACCAUUCAUCUAAGUCAUUCAAGAGCAGCAGCAAGGACUCCCGGUCAGCCAAAUCGCACAAGGAAAAGUCCAGGAAAGAACGAGAGACAAAGUCCGGACACAAAGACCGUAGCAAAAGUCACCGGAAAAGGGAUGCUCCUAAAAGUUACAAAUCGCUGGACAGUCCAAAGCGGAAAUCCAGAAGUCCCCAUCGCAAGUGGUCAGACAGUCCCAAGCAGGAUGAUAGCCCCUCAGGAGCAUCUUACACACAGGACUAUGAUCUCAGCCCUCCACGCUCACACACAUCCAGUAACUAUGAUUCCUACAAGAAGAGUCCCGGUGGGUCUUCACGGAGACCAUCAGUCAGCCCACCAUACAAGGAGCCUGCUGCAUACCAAUCCAAUGUGCGCUCUCCGAGCCCUUACGGCAGGCGGCAGCGGUCAGUCAGCCCAUACAGCAGGCGGCGUUCAUCAAGCUACGAGAGGGGAAGUGGGUCUUACAGUGGAAGGUCGCCUAGCCCAUUCAACCGAAGGCGCUCCAGCAGUCCUUUUGUUUCCAAGCGGUCGCUGAGUCGAAGUCCUGUGUCCAGGAAGCCAGUGAAGUCUCGAAGUAGAAGUCCUGCUUACUCGAGGCACUCAUCUUCACAUAACAAAAAGCAGAGAUCUGGGUCCCGCAGUCGCCAUUCCAGUAUCUCACCUGCCCGGCUACCAUUGAACUCCAGUCUGGGGGCUGAACUGAGUAGAAAGAAAAAAGAGAGGGCAGCUGCUGCUGCAGCUGCAGCAAAGGUUGAUGGGAAGGAGAGGAAGGACUCUCCUAGCGUUUUAUCUAGGAAAGAAAACAGUUUGGCUGAAGUUAAAGAGCCAGCGGUUGAGGCCAAAAAGGCAAAAACGGCUAAACCUGAGAAGUGCCCUUCUGACAUUGAGCCAGCAAAUGUCACACAGCACAACACAGAGACAAAAACUACUCCUGAGCCCCUAAAAACAAAGGCAGUAGAGAACCACGAGAAGAAACCUCCUGCUUCAGUUAAAGACUCAAAAGCAUUGGGAACAAAAGAUAUGAAACUUGCAGGCGGAAAGGAGGAAACUGUGACUCCAAAGGAAACAGAGACAGCCAAGCAAGAGGUCCCACCUCUUUUGCAUUCUGUUAAGUCACUACCUCCUCUGCCAACAUCGUCGCCCCCUGCACAGGCUCCUCCUCCGUUACCCCCUUUGCCUCCAUCACCAGUUAUUCCCCCUCUGCCGCCUUCCCAGUCACCUGCCACUCACACCCCUGCUUUAGUUCCAUUGUGUCUGCCGUCAUCUACCCACUCCAGGACAUCUCUGACUACUCAGGCUAACUCUCAACCCACCAUGCAGUCCUCCUUAAAGGCGCAUGUAUCUGUGACAACUGCUGUUCCGCAUCUGAAAACUUCAACGUUGCCUCCGCUUCCUUUUCCACCUGUCUUGCCUGGGGAAGAUGACAUGGAUAGCCCAAAGGAGAUUGUUCCCUCAAAACCUGUGAAGAAGGAGAAAGACCAGAGACCACGACACUUGCUCACGGACCUCCCACUCCCUCCAGAGCUUCCUGGUGGAGACCCUUCCCCUCCGGAGUCUCCAGAACCAAAGGCAGCCACACCACCUCAGCAACCAUGUAGAAAGAGACCAAAAAUCUGUUGUCCUCGUUACGGUGAGAGGAGGCAGACGGAAAGUGACUGGGGAAAGCGCUGCGUGGACAAAUUUGAUAUCAUUGGUAUUAUCGGCGAGGGGACCUAUGGGCAAGUGUACAAAGCCAAGGACAAGGACACAGGCGAGUUGGUGGCUUUGAAGAAAGUGCGGCUGGACAAUGAAAAGGAGGGCUUCCCCAUCACAGCCAUCCGUGAAAUCAAAAUUCUCCGGCAGUUGAUUCACCGCAGUGUUGUCAACAUGAAGGAAAUUGUCACAGACAAGCAAGAUGCACUGGAUUUCAAGAAGGACAAAGGUGCCUUUUAUCUUGUAUUUGAAUAUAUGGACCACGACCUCAUGGGAUUGCUAGAAUCUGGAUUGGUGCAUUUCUCAGAGGACCACAUCAAGUCUUUCAUGAAGCAGUUGAUGGAGGGGCUCGACUACUGUCACAAAAAAAACUUUCUACAUCGAGACAUAAAAUGCUCCAACAUCUUAUUAAACAACAGUGGGCAGAUCAAGCUGGCUGACUUUGGGCUUGCCCGGCUCUACAGUUCAGAAGAAAGCCGUCCAUACACCAAUAAAGUUAUUACAUUAUGGUAUCGACCACCUGAGUUGCUGCUAGGCGAGGAACGUUACACUCCAGCCAUUGAUGUCUGGAGCUGCGGCUGCAUCCUUGGGGAACUAUUUACAAAGAAGCCUAUUUUUCAAGCCAAUCUUGAGUUGUCCCAGCUUGAAUUAAUCAGCCGCCUUUGCGGGAGCCCCUGUCCGGCUGUGUGGCCAGACGUCAUCAAGCUACCUUACUUCAACACCAUGAAACCUAAGAAGCAAUACCGAAGGCGCCUACGGGAGGAGUUUUCCUUCAUCCCUUCUGCUGCUCUUGACCUUUUGGACCAUAUGCUCACGCUGGACCCCAGUAAACGAUGCACAGCAGAGCAAGCCUUGCAAAGUGACUUCCUGAAGGAUGUUGAUGUCAGCAAGAUGGACCCUCCAGACCUUCCUCACUGGCAGGACUGCCACGAAUUGUGGAGCAAGAAGCGGCGGCGGCAACGGCAGAGCGGGAUCGUGGUAGAGGAGCCCCCCUCGGCCAAGGUUUCCCGAAAGGAGACAGCCUCCGUAAUAAGCACAGAUGCUAUCAAGAAUCACAGCAGUCCUGUACAACCACAGCCUGCUCCGAUCAAAACACAACCUUGCGCUGUGGACUCAUUUGCCGGCCUCGGUGACAUCACGCAGCAACUGAAUCAGAGCGAGCUGGCUGUCUUGCUGAACUUGUUGCAGAGCCAGACGGACCUUAGCGUCCCACAGAUGGCUCAGCUGCUGAACAUCCACUCAAACCCAGAGAUGCAGCAACAGCUGGAAGCCCUCAACCAGUCCAUCAAUGCACUCAAUGAAGCCACCACGCAGCCGCAGGACUCUCAGAAAGCGUCCGAAGAGGAAGCAGCUGUUGAGGAGCAGCCCCAGCCAGCCCAGCCGUCAGAAGAGCAAGCCACCCCGGAAGUGGCGAACACUCAGGGAGACAUGCAGAGCAUGCUGGCGGUUUUGCUGAGCCAGCUCAUCAAGACCCAGGAGCCGGCAGGAAACGUGGAGGAGAACAACGGGGAGAAGAGCAGUGAGCUGCGGGGGCCACGGAAGACCCCCACUUUGCCUCAGGAGGAAACUACAGCCUGUCCUCACAUUCUCCCACCAGAGAAGAGACCCCCCGAGCCUCCAGGACCUCCGCCGCUGCCGCCUCCGCCGCCCAACCUGGCCGAGGAGAACAUCUCCAACGCAGCUCAGGACUUUAACCCGGCCGUGACGGCUGCCCUCCUCCACCUUUUAUCCCAGCAAGAGGCAGGGCUGCCGAGCCACCCAGAGCACGAACCCCAAGCUGUGAGGCCUUCCUCGGAUUAUACCCGGUCGCAAACCUCAUCCAGGACUUACAGCACCGACGGGCCCGAGGGAAGCAGCUUCGAUGUCGACGAGCGGAAUUCCAGCCAGACUUUAACAGCGGAGACGUCGCCUCAGACCUUGGGGAAAAGUAGGACAUUUCUGGGCUCCUCAAGUCACCUCGGGGAGUCAAGCAGCUACCAGGGCGCAGGAUCGGUUCAGUUCCCGGGGGACCAGGAUCUCCGCUUCGCCCGGAUCCCCUUAGGGAUGCAUUCUGCCGUUGGCCAGUCCUUCAUCAAAGCCACCGAGGGGAGCAACAACACACUGGUGCACCCAGAGGCCAAAAUUCACAACUACAGUGAGGUGGGAGUGGCAAACGCUAGUUCUAGUGACACAGGAACAAGUCACACGUGGGGGAACCCGGUCCAAUCCGCUGCUUACGGAAAAGCCUUUCGCGGGCAGAGUAGAUUGCCUCCAAGAGGAGGUCGAGGAAGAGGGUUACCUUACUAAAAAUGACUGCAGAGGGGGGAAUUGGUACCUUUUUUUUCAGUGGUGUUUUACCAUCCUUUUCCCCUCUUGACCUUUCCAGCAGCCAGUUUGUCGGGGCAAACGACUGCCCACCUCCAGCCCACCACAGAAAUGGUUUAUUGUUGAUACUUUCCCCUCCUGCUCCCUUUCUGCUCACCAGGCUGCUGCUGCUGCUGCUGUUCUCUCCCCCACUCCACCGUGGGGCUUUAGAAUGAAGACCUUGGCCUUUUUUCCCUCUUCCUUUUUUUUUAUUUUACAUUUUCCCAUACCCAAAGACCUACUGAUUUGGGUUUCCCCACUCAAAGGUGGUGGGAGAAGGAAAGGAUCCUUAAAGAAGUCAUAAUAAUAAAUUGGAAACAUGAACCGAAUGUGUUUGCUAGCCUUGAGCCAUUUAUUUGUGAGAGUGAGCCCCGCUGAGAGUCUGGAAAAAACUGAAUCGUUUCCUCUGCAGCAGAAUGAGGUGGCAGAAAGAGCCGUACUGCUCCUGAUUGCAGGCGGGGGAACCUCCCCUUUUUGAAUCCAUGCGCAUGAACACACACUACAACUUGCCUCCCUGCACACAGAAAGCCUAGCAUACCUGGGAGUGAGAUUGUAGCCCAGUCCUUCUCUCCAUUGUGCUAGUCUUGCUGUUUUCCAGGAGGCAAAAUUAUGGGUUUGGGCCCCCCUCCCAGUGGUAAAACUCAUUCUGCCGCAUUGUUCCACUGUAUGUGUAAGAUCCAGCCUCAGUAUUGCAAAGGCAAUGCGUUGUUUUGUUUUCCUUUGCCUCCUUGAAUUUCAAGAUUUGUCAGAUGGUGCCUACAUACCUUUUAUAAUGAACUGGGAGGAUUUGGUUUAUGUUCUGUAAGAUCCGGGAUAUUUCUCUCCCCACCCCGUUCUUAGCCACAUCUUCUUCACAUGAUGAAAAGACAGGAUGCUACCAUUCUUCUCCUGGCUAGCUGUCCCUUGUUUUACUGUGAAAGGCCUCGUGCUGCCUCAUACUCACCUUCCAGACCUUUAGCUGAACUGAAUUUCUGUAGUGUCCACGAGUCCGUUGACUUUUGGAUGUUUUCUUCUUCUUCUUUUUUUGAAUUUUCUCUCUUAAGAAUGGUGAGUGUCUUUUUGUUGGAAGUUCUUAAGGCCAAAGUUAAUGGCUAAAAAUAAAAUAAAAACCAAAAGCUUUGUAA